AUAAACAACGCAGUGAAAGGGCAGCCAGCUUACAAGGGCCACGAAACACACUUAAACCUUCGUAUUAUCGUGAAAACAUGAACAGGGUUGCAGGCGCUUUACGCCGGACGUUUGGAAUAAUGCGUGAGCACGUCGGGACAGAUCAUCUGGGGAAUAAAUAUUACUUUGUCCCUGAACAGAAGACAUGGACAGGAAGGCUCGUCCGUGCCAAGCGGAUGGUAGAGGCAGCCAAUCCUACAGAAUAUGAAUAUAUAGAAGGAAGCAUACCGAUAGAGUGGGACGCUUGGAUCCGAGGCAGACGGAAGGAGCCCCCCUCCGUCGAGGAGCUGCUGAAGAAUGAGACCUAUAGGGAGCAAAUAAAGCUGAAGGCCAAGGAGGUAGAGGAAAACGAUCUGGCCCUACAGGCAAAGGAGUACGAGGAAGGUCUGGUGGCAACACCUUUAAAGACUGUCGCCAAGGGCCAUGCGGCCGCCACCAGCUUCGGCAAGCAAGAGAUCAGCGAGGACCCCUCAAGCACUGCAAACACAUUCCAGCCUGGCUCCUGGAUACCCAGUCCCAAGAAAUAGACUGACUCAUCCACACACACACACUGAGAUCAUCCUACAGUGUUAUACAAUUCAAUAGAAAAGCCCUAUAUUUACUUUUUGUUGAGACUUUGAAAUUCAAUAGUAGAAACAUCUUUCAGUAUAAUGCAAUCCAAUACAACACCACAACACCACAGAUUAAUAAAUUACCAGAGAGAAGACUCAGCUCCUCUCUGGCCCAGUCUCAAAAUACACAUUUUAAGUUCCACAAAGGAAGUAUUAUUGCAAGGCUGCAUUAGAUUAUAAAGGGGUUUCAAAUCAAGACAAUAUAAUUACUGAUCUUGAACCUGACUCCAUAAAUGGCCACAAUAAUUUAAUAGGGCAGUAAGGUUUGUUAAUAAAGCAAAGAAAAACUGAAAUGGUUGUACUUCAGAAGUCACUGGGUACACACCAACUGUAAAUACACUGUAUCAUGUUUGAGGUAUUUUGUAAGAAAUACUUUCUAAUAAAUUGUGGCUAUUUAAUGACAUUGA